UCCAUGGAGUUGUAGAUAAUUUAAAUUAAUUGGUUAGUUUUUUACUUGUUUAUGUUGAUUGGAUUAAGAAAAGAAUUGUCCCAAUGCUACAACAACGCAUAGAUUCCUGUAUACUGUAGAACAAGACAAACACAUAAAACACGACCAUCGAUUGUGAUAAAAAAAUAGACCCAAAUAUAUGUGGGACCAAGCAUAGAUAAAAAAAAAAAAAAACAAAAAACAAAAAAAACUUCCAAUCAAAGUGAAAAAAGUAUCAUUUAUCACAAAACACUAAAAAGGAAUUACUACAAGAACAUAGACUUGGGACUGUGAGCGAAAUAAUGAGUAUCACACAACACAACAAUACCCGCAGACUGCAGUGACCGGUGUUCAGCCUUAAAACAGAAAACAAUUUGUGGUUGUUUGAAAUAAAAUAACAUGGAGGGCAAGUUCAGAAUCAAAAAAGAUGUUACUGAAUUGAUUGGUAAUACGCCAAUGGUUUAUCUCAACAAUGUUGUGGAUGGCUGUGUAGCCAGAAUUGCUGCCAAGCUAGAAAUGAUGGAGCCUUGCUCUAGUAUUAAAGACAGAAUUGCCCACAGCAUGAUUCAAGAUGCAGAGGAGAAAGGUCUAAUCACACCAGGAAAGACUGUCCUCAUUGAGCCUACAAGUGGCAAUACUGGUAUUGGAUUAGCAUUCAUAGCAGCACUUAAGGGUUACAAGCUUAAACUUACCAUGCCAGCUUCAAUGAGUCUUGAAAGAAAAAUUAUACUUCGAGCUUUUGGAGCUGAGGUGUAUCUUACAGAUCCUGCAAAGGCCUUUAAAGGGGGUCUAGAUAAGGCUUUGGAGUUGCUAAAGAACACACCAAACGGUUAUAUGCUUCAGCAAUUUGAAAAUCCUGCUAAUCCUAAGAUUCAUUAUGAAACAACUGGCCCAGAAAUAUGGAGGGACUCGGGAGGAAAAGUUGAUGCAUUGGUUUCAGGGAUAGGGACUGGAGGUACAGUAACUGGAGCAGGGAAGUUCCUUAAGGAGCAAAACUCAGAGAUCAAGAUUUAUGGGGUAGAGCCUGUAGAAAGUGCAGUCUUGUCUGGUGGAUUGCCUGGAAAACAUCUGAUCCAAGGACUGGGUGCUGGUAUAAUUCCAGAUAUUCUAGAUGUUAGCCUGCUACAUGAAAUUUUCCAAAUAUCCAGCGAGGAAGCGAUUGAGAUGGCCAAGCUGCUUGCCUUGAAAGAAGGCUUACUGGUAGGAAUUUCAUCUGGUGCUGCAGCUGCUGCUGCCAUUAAGCUUGCGAAAAGGCCAGAAAAUGCUGGAAAGCUCAUUGUGGUUGUCUUCCCUAGUUUUGGAGAACGUUACCUUUCUACUGCCCUAUUUGACUCCAUCAGGCAUGAGGCAGAAAACAUGACUUUUGAUUGAAGUUUAUUUUUUUUUUUCGUUAGGACUUUGACUGAAGAUUUUAAAUACAGUUGUUUGAAGAUAGUUAUUUUGUAAGAUUUAAUGGUUAAAUUCAUAAUAGCAAUCCCAUCAAGUUGACUA